CAAAGUGGUUUAUAUGAGUUCUUGACAGUCAAACAGACGAUGACAACAACUUUAAAACAGGCUUUAAAAGCCCAUUUUGGCUUUGACAGCUUCAGGUCUAAACUACAGGAAGAUAUUGUUAAGGCAGUCGUCAGAGGUGACAGAGAUGUGUUUGUGUGCAUGCCGACUGGAGCUGGGAAGUCCCUUUGUUACCAGCUCCCUGCAAUGCUGGCAGAAGGCAUUACUCUGGUUAUAUCCCCUCUAAUCGCUCUCAUUCAGGACCAAGUGGAUCGCCUUAAGGACUUAAAUAUCCCUGCCUGCUCUAUCAACUCCAAGCUCCCAGCAGGUGAGCGGCGUCUUAUCCUGGCUGACUUGGAGAGCAGCAGUCCAAAGCUGAAGCUGCUCUACAUCACUCCAGAGAUGGUGGCCUCUCCCUCCUUCCAACCAUGCUUGACAGGUCUGUGCUCCCGUGGCCUGCUGUCGUACUUGGCUGUGGACGAGGCUCACUGUGUGUCUCAGUGGGGUCAUGAUUUCAGACCUGACUACCUCAAACUGGGAGACCUGCGUGCACGUUUGCCGGGGGUUCCCUGCUUGGCCUUAACAGCAACAGCUCCCAAGAAUGUGCAAGAUGAUAUACUGAAGUCCCUUCGGCUGCAGUUGCCACUGUCUUUUGCCUCACCUGUUUUCCGCAGUAACUUGCACUAUGAUGUGAUCUUCAGGGAGCUGCUGCCGAACCCAUACGUCCACCUGCAUGCCUUCAUUACAAAGGCACUGGAACAGGGCAAUGGAUCUAAUGGAAAGGGUUGUGGGAUUGUGUACUGUCGGACCAGGGAGGGAUGUGAAACCGUAGCCUACCAGCUGACUAAGCUUGGAGUUUUGGCCAAAGCUUAUCAUGCAGGUUUAAAGGCAGGAGAUCGCAUAGAGGUUCAGAAUGACUGGAUGCAGGGAAAAGUGCUGGUUAUUGUAGCCACUAUCAGCUUUGGAAUGGGUGUAGACAAGCCCAAUGUCAGAUUUGUAGCUCACUGGAAUGUAGCUAAGUCCCUGGCCAGUUACUACCAAGAGUCUGGCCGAGCAGGGAGAGAUGGACUGCCCUCCUCCUGUCGCACAUAUUACUCCGCAAAAGAUAAGGAGCAAAUUUCCUUCCUCAUCCGGCAGGAGGUCACCCGCAAACAGGAAAAACGCGGCUCUGCGCAGGAGACGGACAAAAUGGCCAUGAAAGACUUUGAGGCCAUGGUAUCAUUCUGUGAACAAGAGGGUUGUCGUCAUGCCACCAUCUCCAAAUUUUUCGGGGACAAGACCCCAAACUGCGCAGGUGCAUGUGACUACUGCAGCAACCCCAAAGUUGUACGAGCUCAGAUUGCUCGAGCGGCGGCCCUCAGCACCAGGACUCAAGCAGCACAGAGCACAGAACCCAAAGGACCGUUCGGCUUCCGGCCUGAUCUUUAUGAAGGAGGGAGGAAAGGCUAUGGUUUUGAAAGGUAUGAUGAAGAGGGCGGCAGCAACAGUGAUGAAGAAACCAGACAAAGAAAAAAGGAGUUUUCUGAUCUCUUCAAGAAACAGAUGAACAUGCGGAAGGGAGCUGACAAUCACAGGGAGGACUUUGUUCCCCCAGAUGCUGACUGCCCACUCAGGGAGGCCAGCAGCCAGAGGAUUCCCAGGCUGACUGUGAAGGCCAGAGAACACUGCCUGCACCUUUUGCAAGAAGCACUACAUGGCCACCAGGGGGCAGAUGACUGUUUCAACAGUGAUAAUCUUACCGUAGCAGUGGAUUUGGAACAUGCGGUUUUCAAGAGCAGCAAGUCUUCCAACCUUUACAAAGCUGCCGUCCUAAAAAAAGUAGAGGAGAUGAAGAAAGUGGCAGCAGUUUCAGGAAGAGAUGAUGAGGAGAAGACCAGCAGCAGUGAGACCAAGAAACUGAAAGAGGAGGCCCCUUCCUCUUCUUCUUCAUCCUUCACUGAGGAGCUGCAAGGGUUUACAUCUGCAUCUGAGGUUUAUUCAUUUAAGCGUAAGAGGGUGGGGGCAGGUCAGAGGGGCUCAUCCAAUCCCUUCCAGACCGCCAAAGAUCUACUGGAGGCCACCAGGGAUCAAAGUGGAUCUAACCAGUGGACAGAAAGUGGUGGUUUUUCUAAUAACACUUCAGGAAAUUCUACAGAAUCAGCUGCCAAGAAAGAGACAAACACGGAUAAAUCUGUGGCUGUAACGUCAUCUAUUAAAGCCAGAGCAAACGCCGCCGCCUCCUUAAACAGCCCGACAAAAGGAAGCAGAGCUUUGACCAAGAAGCAGCAGAAGCUAGCGGAGGCUGCGAAGACUUCCCGUAAUAUUUCCCACUACUUUGGGAAGAAACAAACAAAAAAUGAAAGCCAAGAGCCAGAAACUCUGACAGAACUUGAUGGUACAUUAUCUUGCUCUACUGACGUGAACUCUGAAGAUAUAACUGAGCAACAACACCCACCUGUCACUGUGGAACUGGCAGACAGCAGCCCCGUGGAAAUAGUGACACACGACGUGAUCACAACAGAAGCAGAUACAGAUGUAAUGGUUAUAUCUGACGAUGAAGAGGAGGAAAUUCAUACAGAGAUGUUGGUUGAACAGAAUAUGACUUCAACCACAGAACCAAAGACAACAGAGGAAGAAGUUAAACCACCAUUAGCAUUAGAGGUGACAGACGACAUGAGAGCGAAACGAGACACCUCUCCUCCAGCGAAACGCAGUCGCCCUGCAGACGGGACCAGCAGGAGGGUGACCUUUAACCCCACAGUGCAGGAGCGGGCGCUGCAUGCAGUGAACGAGGCGCCCAAACCGGUGACGCUGAAGGAGGCGGCUGACAUUGUGGUCCGCUGCCUGGAUCCGUUUUACACUCAGGGAAAAUUUGCAACUAAGGAGCUGUUCAAGUCCUUCGCCCGCUAUUUAUCUCAUCUUCUUGCAGAGGGGCGAAACCGGGGAAGAGGACAAGUUAAAGCAGAAGCCAAAGCUCUUAUCAAGAAGUUUUUCAGUAAAGUGAAACGCUGCGAGAGUGAGGUGGACUGGAAGCACCUCAAAACGCCUCAAAGCUGUAAAAACACGGAAAACAAGGAAUGAUGGGAAGGAAAACGUAGCCAUGCUCUUCGUCUUUCUCAGUGCCUAAGCUUCUUCUAUCGUCCCUGUGAUCUCAGCCUUCAGCACAAACACCUGCUGACCGACUUUAUGGUUGAUUUGCUGCUAGAGUUGUGCUUUUUUCAGGCUUGUAGCUGCUAAAUAAAGCAAUAAAACGUGUACUGUAUACAACCUGAAAGAGCAGAGGGAACAGUGUACACUUACACAACCAAGUGUUCAUGUUUGAGCCCAUGCACAGCAAACCGUCAUACAUUUCUGGUGACCAAAAAUGGCUUUGAUUUAUCACACGUCGCAAGCAGCAGUUUGUUUUUAUUUUUCUCUGUAUUAUGAAAGUUUAGAUCUUUAGACCUAACUUAAUCAGUCUAUACAUGUUUACCUGGAUUCUCUCAUGCUGUUCGUACUAAACUGGAAUGAAAGGAAACUGGAAGCUGCGUUUUAGACAAAAACGAUCGAGUGUCAUAUGAAGAACAUGUCAAGUGAAAGGGAGUGAAACACUGAAAUGCUUGUGUUAGAUUUUAAAGCUGGUCAUAUGAAAUUAUGAAUGAUCUGUAGGGAUAUAAGCACUUUUUACUGCUGCAGAGUAAACUGACAUAUUUGACAGAUGUUAAACUGUUAAGUUUGUAUUUACAACAAUGUCACUUUUGUCUUAGGUUGUUGUAGCUUUAGCCAUAGGAGAAUGUGUGCUGUCUGAGGCUUUUCUUUUCUUUUCUUUUUUUUUUAAAGUAAAAUUUCAUUUGAGGAGGAUGUUAUGUAGUUGUUGUGCCUGUUAGGACUGUGAGAGGCCACAAUUUGUCUCCACAAGCAAGAGGAAGCCCAAAGAGUAGAUGACCACAGAGACCUGACUGUGUCACAGCCAUAAACUCUGCUCUUCAGUGUUUACAAUAAUAAAAUGUAUGAAGCUGAA